CAGAGAGUUUCCUCCCAUCUUCUCAGGAUGAUCGAGGUGGGGCAGGGCCGGUUAAUGAGUGACAAAACCGAGCAGAGGGCAGGUAUACUUUAAACUCUCACAGAAAGGGUAAAUGUGGGAACAUGUCACCUGAAUCAAACUGCACAUAAUCCAAGAUACUUCAGCCAGGACUCAAAACAUCAGAUGAUGAGCGGCCAUCCAUAAUCAAGCUCGGACAAUCAGCCGACCCUGAUUGGACUCUCUUCCUCUCAAACAAUUGCUGCCUGCAGCUGCUGUGGGAGCUGGAGUCGCCAUGGAGACAGUGGUGAUCGUGGCAAUCGGGGUGUUGGCCACCAUUUUCCUGGCCUCCUUCGUAGCCCUUGUGGUGGUGUGCAGACAUCGCUACUGCCACCCUCACGACCUGCUGCACCCCUUCGACACCAACCGUGCCUCCUCUGCUUUCCCUGUUCUAUUUUACAGACCCACAGUGGAUCUGAUUGGAGCCAUGGAGACCCAGAGCGAGCAGUCAGAGCUGGAGCUGGAUGAUGUGGUCAUCACCAACCCGCACAUUGAGGCCAUCCUGGAGAACGAGGACUGGAUAGAGGACGCCUCUGGAUUGGUCUCUCAUUGUAUCUCAAUCCUAAAGAUUUGCCACACUUUGACUGAAAAGCUGGUUGCCAUGACAAUGGGUUCAGGGGCAAAAGUCAAGGCACCGGCAAGCUUGAGUGACAUCAUCACUGUGGCCAAACGCAUCAGCCCGAGGGUGGAUGACGUGGUCAGGUCCAUGUACCCGCCUCUGGAUCCAAUCCUCCUGGAUGCCAGGGCCACUGCUCUUCUCCUCUCAGUCAGCCACCUGGUGCUGGUCACCCGCAAUGCCUGUCACAUGUCCGGCAGUAUGGACUGGAUCGACCAGUCGCUCAACGCAGCUGAAGAUCACAUGGUGGUGUUGCGUGAGGCGGCCCUGGCCUCUGAACCAGAUCGAGCCAUACUUGGACCUGACGCACAAAGAGAACAUGCCAUCUAAACAUCUUAACACAGAAACGGACACAGACAUGAAGUGCAUGAAAAUAUGUCAAUUCUCUAGUGUACUCACUUGAUAUUGAACAGGCACAUACUCCACCUGGUAGAGUUGGAAAGGCACGCUUCACAAACUCAUCAUCAAACCCAAAUGAAUAAGGUUGCGCAUAUGGAUGCAGGAAGCCCUCAUUUUCACAUUUAGAAAAAGCACCUUGGAAAUUGUUUCUUAACAUAUCUUCACCAAAAACUGCAUUAGAUUUUUGCCUUCACUCUAGUUACAUAUUGGCUGCAAAGAUUUAGGAUCCAGGUAUUUUCCUGUAUGUAUCCCUUCUGUAGAGUUGGUCUGUUUAAACUGCCUGCAAGUAAAAGGCCUUUGUAAAUGUCUUUCUCGAGUGCGCCAUCACCCAGCGGUGGGCCUAAAUCCAAUCUUGUCAGCACUGCACAGUCACAUGAAGGCUUAGUCAGCUAAUCCAUUCUGAGGAAAAUAACAUCCAGUUAGCCAGUGAACCCAAAGGGGCUCCUACUCAGUAGACCAUUGGAAGAACAACCUUACCUCAGAUCAUCUUACCUAACUCAGAAAUCACCAGUUUGUGGGUUGUAAUCGCACAACAGCAUUAGCUUUAGCCACAUCAGCAACACAGAAGUUUUUAUUGCACCCGAGAAAUGCCAAUUUGUCCCAUUGUUGCAUUGUAUUAGGAUUAAUUGAGGCUGUGAUGGAUGAAGAACCACCACUUUGGUGCACUUUGAAAUAUAUCACAACAUCUACCCCUUGGAUUAGGAUAAAAAUGUGGACAGACAAUCAUGGUUCCCAGAGGAUGAAUCCUAAUGACUUUGUUGAUCCCCGGACCUUUUCUAUAGCGCCACCAUCAGGUCAACAUUUAUGGUUUUAAGGAUCCAAUCAACUUGGAUAGCUACGCAAUUUGGAACAGCAACCAUGUAACCCCAAUAAUGAAUAAAGAUUAUUUUCAGUAGGAAAGCAGAUUUUAUAUACUUCCAGUAUUUGUUAUCAAAUACCUGAAAAAGUAAUGAGAUUACCAUCAGCUUGUACUUUGUAAUUAUGAUGUGUAAACACACUAAUACACAACUAAGAUGCUUAACAUAACCGCUAUACAUCAGUAUGAUUUUGUAUGUUAGCAUGCUGAUGUUAGCAUUGAGCUUAGCCUCACAGAGCAGCUAAGUUGUAAAUGCUUGUAGACAACAGUGAGCCAAGAAACACUUGUUCUUUAAUUUUGACAACAAAAAGGUGGGGUUUUUUUUUAUAAGAAGCUAAGCUAAAGAUUAUAUCUACAUUCAUCCAAGAAAUAGGAUAUUACACAAUUUCCAAAGUAGAGCAAAACAUUUUUAAUCACCAUCAGCUCAGUGUUACCGUUAUCCGAAAUAUUGAGCUUUCACACACAAUGAUGAUGCAGCAUGUCUUUAUAGGUUGUCGUGUUAGGAGGGGAGCCGUGAACAGUGUGUUGAUUGAGGUGGAGCAGAAUUAGCGUGUUGUUUUGGGCCAGAGGGAUGUUAUUGGAGCAUGUCUACCUGCUCCCCCAUGCAUAGCUAAUACUGAAUCCCAAAGGAGUCCUAAUAAGGCAUUACCCACAGCAACAAUGAACACAUGGGCUUAAGCUACAAUAAACAUGGCACAAACUAUUGUACACACAAGGCAGGCAGACAAUGAACACAUCAGUAGCUCCUACCACAGUAGGGUACAUAUAAUAGGAGUCGAACACACAUUUUUAAAGAGUGUAGUGACAAUCAGGAAGAGAAGCAGCAGCUGAAAAUCUUUUAACUGAAAUUAAGCAAACCUAUAGCUCCAAGUAUGCAGAGAUAUUUUGAUGGAAAGAUCUCAAUCGAGGAGGAAACCUUUUUAAAAGUAGUUAGCCUUUUAUUCCUUUUUUUCUUGUUUACAUUGUUUAUUAGCAUUUUUUUAUAUGCAUUCCUUUGUUUUCUUCUCCUUAUUCCACAGUUUGUUACUGAUGUUCUUCUUCCAUACACUCAUACAUUUUUCUUUAUAUCUUUCAAUGAUUUGUACAGAUAAAGUUUACUUUAAUAGGAAAAUGUGUUUGGUUUUUUGCUCUGAACAAAAGCUACGGAGAAGUUAAUGUCUGAUAAAAAGUCCACACACUCAUCCUAGUUUGACAUAAAUAAAAGUAAAUUUCUUUUCUCUUUUCAUAA